CGGCACUCGUAGAUUAUCUACGGAAGAAUGCAUGCGCAGUUAACUUAUUUUUCUCACUUACACCAGGUCACAACGCAACCCAGCAAAAUUUUCCUUUUUAUUCCGGCUGCAAACAAGUGUUUUGUUGUGGGGCAACCUUUUACCAGUUCAUCAUGAACGCAUCACCAGCGGUAAAGCAGUGGAAGACCCCAGAGUUGUAGCCAUUGUAUUUUCUAGUCCUUUCGUUUUGCUGAUUAAAACUCGAUCGGGAGCUUAUCCCAUGCAUGGAGGCUGAACUUCAAGAGUGCAACCUCUUCACAAAGAAGCAAUUCUGCUUCCAUCGGCAGUACCGCGGUAAGGGCCAGGAAGAGAAGAGCUGCCCAAAUCCAAAGGGCAAGACAUCCGUUCGUAGCACUCCACUCCAAUACCCUCAACAACAAUAAUGGAAGCACCUUCACAAGAAUUCGAUGCCAUUGGCAAGGCUGUCAAAGUACGUGCUGCCGGUAGCAAGUGCAAAGCUACCGAGGCGGAACUUAGAAAGCUACAAGAGUUUGAACAAGAAGCAGCAAGAGCAUCCAACGAAAAGUCCAAUAGUGACAGGUCUCACAAUGACAGUCACCGUCAAACUACUGCGAAAAAGCCAGUUGGCAACAAAGUUAAUCCAACAAAUGUUUCCAGCAGAGCCCCCCAAAAUGCUACGGGAGAACCAAUGGAUCCUCUGGACCUAGCAAAAAUUUUGGAAGCACGGCUAAAAGAGGAUUCGGAUGCCCGUCCAAGCAAACAAGGGCUCACAAAAAAUGUGCAUCCAAUAAACAAGGACUCGCAGGAUGCAUCGGCCAUGAAAGGAAUGGCAGAUAACACGGAAGAACCACUCGAUCUGGCCAAAAUAGUGGAAAGUCGACUCCAAGAUUCAGGUCUCGACCAAAGUGAAAAUGCUACCACUCCUAAUGGGGGUAAUUCCCAAGGCGCCACCAACACAUCAAAUGCCAACUGCCGUCCAGGGGCCUAUGCAGGUGCUCCGGGUACAGACCUCCAACGUGCAAACACUCUGAGAUUCUCCCUAGUAGGUGCCACUGCCAAUGGCCCAUUGGUCAGUCAGACUAGCCUGUCUAGUGUCCAUGAAGAAGAGUGGCGGGUUACCGAAGCACCAGGUAAAGAAUAUGUUCCCGCAGAAUCAAACAGAGGACUUGCAGUGGCAAAUUUGGUUCACGAGGAUGAUGACAUUGCGCCAGAAGACCUGCCACAAGCAAAAAGUGCCGUCAGUGCCAUUGCCCAGAGCGAAUCCCAGCAGAAAAAGCACAUCAAGCAGGUCAAGACUUUCCUUCUGCUUGGUUUCAUCUUUGUACUGGCAGUCAUCACGAUUUUGGUUGCCACAUUGUCAUCACGAAACAAGACGGUGGAGACUCUCAUGCCAUCGCCCUCCCCAACUUCCAUCCCAUCAGCAGCACCAACUUCUUAUUCAGAAUACUGGCUAUCCCUUUUCCCGGAAUCGACAGCCUCUACGAUUCUGCAGGACUCAAGAUCACCCCAGUCCAUGGCAUUUGAAUGGCUCAUGGAAGAGAUUGACAUACUACAAAACCUUACAGCGGGGAGAGCUGUACAGCGGUUUGUUCUUGCAACAUUCUAUUUUGCCAACAGCGAGGAACAAUGGCUCUUCAGUGACAAUUGGCUAAACCACAGUGUUCAUGAGUGCCUUUGGUAUUCAAGUUUGGAGGACUAUUAUUUCUUUUUUGGAGCCGACACAGUUUUCCCACUGGAUCACAUCAGUCCCUGCGAGCAAGAUCCCGCUGGAUAUCUAGAGGAUGGCAUCUUGUAUCAGGGAGAUGGAAUCAUCAAGCACUUUUGGUUGUCAUUGAAUGGCCUGAUGGGAUCAGGGAUUCCGCCAGAGCUCUACUUACUUACAGAGCUUAGGAGCUUGGCAUUGGAUGGAUGGAACCUUACCAGCACCAUCCCAGAAGAGCUCUCCGGCCUUCCCAGUUUGGAGUUUAUUUCGAUGAUCGAUUGUGGCCUUUUUGGCUCCAUUCCUGAAGCACUCGGAAGUUUGUCAAAACUUGGAGUUCUCUACUUUCUCUACAACUCGUUGACGGGAACUAUUCCAUCAUCCCUGUAUUCGCUUACAAACUCCAUGAGAGGCAUCGCACUUUUAGAUAAUCAGCUGACAGGACCAUUACCAACAGAGCUGGGUUUGCUGACUGAUUUGCAAGUUAUAGGGUUUGAUGCAAACCUCUUCACAGGGACCAUUCCCACAGAACUUGCGCAGUUGACUCUCUUGAAUUUUUUAGAUCUUCCCAACCUGAUGUUGAGUGGCAGUAUCCCAACCGAGCUCGCAGUUCUUACAGACAUGGCAGUUCUACAACUGGAAGACUCGGGUCUUACAGGGACAAUCCCGAGAUGGCUUGCAAACAUGGCAUCCCUGGACACAUUGACACUGGAGGCGAACUCCUUCAGUGGGACUAUCCCAACAGAGCUUGGUCUUCUAACAAAGUUAUCUGUCUUGUGGCUUGGUAUGAAUGCUUUGUCGGGCACAAUCCCAAGUGAAUUUGGAAUGUAUGAUCAAGCGAUUGUGUUGGACUUGGAACUCAAUAAUCUGACAGGAACCAUUCCUACAGAGUUUGGACAGCUUACUGCAUUGUUUCAGUUGUGGCUGUUUGACAACGAUUUGACUGGAACAGUGCCCCUGGAACUUGGCAAUGUUCCUUUCCCUCCACCUUAUGGUCAAGUCUGGUUGCAUGGAAAUGAUCUUUCUGGCAUUAUCCCAGAGAGGUUGUGUUCUGCCCAAAGUCUUUAUUUUGACUGCAGCAGCCAGCUCUGUGGAUGUGACUUGUGUGACUGUUCUGACAAUAGAUCCGUACCGCUACUCGAGGCGGGAGAAAGAAUUGUCUAUGGAGUUGGCCAGCUGCUGCUGUGGGGUGAUGGUCAGUUUCUGCCAUUGAGUGAGGCAAACCAAACUGAGGGGAACCAAACGGAAGCCUGAACCGAAUGACUGGAUGGUUGUGUGUGCGUGUGUUGAUCAACUACUACAUGCUUGCAUAUAAGUUUUACCUACGUUUGAAAGUAUUUAUUUGUGUUACUUCUCAGUUUAGGUACCGGAACCUACCGUAGCAUCGUAGGCCAAAGAAAAGUUGUAUAGACAUUGGAUGCGACAGCAGUAAUGGCAUUGUCCUUGCUCUCUGGAUUGGAUGCACACUGGGACGGUGCCCCUUGAGCCAGGCAAUGUUCCUUUCUCUGCAUCUUUUGGCCAAGUCUAUUUGCACGAAAAUGAUCUUUCUGGCAUUAUCC